CUGGAGGCAAUAAAAAAGUGAGGCUGGAUGUUAAUCCAGAGAGGAGUUGCCGACUUUCUCAGGCAUUGCUCCCUGUUGCACGCCUAUUGCUCAUAUCCUCCAGGGACGUGCCGCCCUCCCUGCGCCUUCCACCCCUUUCUGCCGCUCUGGAUCCUUUACAUGGACACUCCCUUCCCUCUUUCACCAUCCGCUCGCUCCCCUCCCUUUUCUUUCUUCCUCUUACUUUGUCCAAGUUGUGCCUCUGUGCCCUCAGCCCUCCCUCCCUGUCUUUACCUCCAUUUCUUUUGCUGAAGGGACGUCUGCGGCCCAACUGCUCCUCCUAGUGUCUUAAUAGAGACAUUGCAUGUAGGAUUCGCGUUACAUGAAUCAUUUUUGGUCCUUUGUUUUCAUAUUUCCAAAGAUUUAAUUUUGUCUGCAGACCGAAAAUGAGACUUGGAACAAGUUCACUUUGCAGUGUCUCAAAAGCUGAUAUGGAUAGUAAGCAUAAAGGACAACAUGAAUACAACUGAAUAUAGGCACUUAUAUCUUUAUUAAAGUAAACUUUGUACAUCUGGAUAACAGUAGAUGGCGCUGUAAUAUUAGUCUAUUUAAUCAAAUGGCUGCUACUGAAUGAUUUGCUGAGUCCCUCUCUACUGAUACAGACUUUUGUUUUCCUGUUUUAGUACGGGACUGGCCAUUGAUGUAUAUUAAAUUUAGAAAAUAUUAAAAGGCAACAUUUUAUAACCACUUGUAAUUCUUUGCAUUUUCCUUCCAAACAGGCAAACUUUCUUGUAAUCUUUAAAUUGUCUUAGUUCGUAGUGUUAUUCGGUAAAUAACGACACUUUUAAUGCAAAGUUGACACUUUUAAUGGACUUUUUAUGCAACUUUGCAUUAAAAGUGUCGUUAUUUACUGAAUGACACGUCAUGACGACAAUCAUAAAAAUUCAAGAAGACUCCUUCUUUUUCAUAACAUGCGUUAUGUCAGUCUUAUGCGCAAUCUUUCAAAUAAAGUGUACGUACAUUUUUAAUUAUUAGUGAAAAAUAAAAAAAUUAUUUAUCUGGUGUGAUGCUGUGGUGAUAGCUGCAUAAUUUUCCUUCCACUUCAAUAUAGUUUAUGUGUUUGUGAUGGUAUAUUUGUUGCAAAAUGCUUUGUAGUUUGAAGUGAUGUGACAAAAUACUUUAAGCCUGUAGCAACAGCAGUUUAAUGACGAAUAUUGAAUCAUUGUGUCUGUUUUUAAAAUGUUGAAAAACCUGGAAAUAUGUCAGGGCAACUCAGAGUACAAUUGAGUAAAAACCAAAAACCAAGCAGCAGAUCAAACAUCUGAAUAAUAAUUGCAAAAUAAAUAUCAGUCAAAAUAAAAAGACUGCAUGAAAAUCGAAACAAUGUACACAUAUAAAGGUUUAUUUAUCUGUGUAAUUAACAUCUCUAACGCAUUUUUCCUGAGUCAUUACUGAAUGUUUGGCGAUAACUAAAAGUUAAUAUUCAUCUUUUCCCAGAUGGGGGCGCUGUCGUCCUAUUAGUCUCCUCAUUUGAGAGGAGAAAACUACAAGAAAAUAAUUUCUUCAUCUCAUACCAUGCAUUACUGUUGAUGUAUUUACUCUGCAACAGGUUUAAACGCUCAAAGAUGAGCUACACCUUUUUACCUUCCGCACUGCUGUCUCAGUGUAACGCACACACCAAAACUUUGAUGUUUCUCACUGAGAUCAUUGAGAGUAAACAAUGAUCUCCGCAAACGUGUAUGGCAAAUUAUUUCGGAAGUAUGAAACUGCUAAAUAAACGAGGAUCCAACCUGUUAAUGUGAGUAUUUGUAAAGUUGUCCUUUUCCUUCUUUUUUUGAGCAAAACAGCCGGGAGGAGCUCAUUACCAGCAGCUCUUUAUGGAUGGUUUUGAUCGGUUUCUCUAGGCUUCGGGGGCCUCCCAUUCAAAUCCUCCUUUGGCCGAGUGGAUGCGGUCUUUAUAGAGAGGCACUGAGUCGGAUCAAAGAGCUGCUCUGCAGGUUCACCACCCACCGACCCGCCUGCAGUUUGUCUUAUAGACCCGGUUAUGAAUUGAGGAGAGCUCGCUUCAGCACGCCUUUUCUUUUUCUCCUGACCGUCUGUCUGUGAAUGUGUAGGGUAACAUGUGCCUGUUCCUACGUGUGUGUGUGUGUGUGUGUGUGUGUGUGUGUAUGUGUGUGUAUGUGUGUGUGUGUGUUUUUAUUUUUAAACUCCAAAGAGGGGGAAGGAUUAGGAGAUUUUUGAGGCACUCACCUUUUACUCAAACAAAUCAUUCACUUCAGCUAAUAAAAGGAAUCUGACCCACAUGAACUUUUAGUAAAGGCUGGUUGUUAAGCAAAAAAGAAAAAAAGGUUCAGCCCCCAUUCACAUGUAUGGAUGGAUGGAUAGAUGGAGAGAAGGAAUCAACAACUGGAUUGCCACACUUCAAUCACCUCAGGCCACAAUCUGCUGUCUACAGGACCUCAAUAAAAUAUUCACACCUCACAUGUUGUGAAGUUGCAGCCAUAAACCAGACUACUUUAUCUUGAUUUUAUGCAAACAAACCAACGGGUGUUGCACGAAAGUGGGAGGAAAAUAAUACAUCCUUAACAUGACACUGCCACUGCCGUGUUGCGACGGGGCCAUCAGAUUAAAGCAUCUGGUCUUAAAGUGCCUCUAUUCUGCAGCUUUCAGAUCAAUCUCUGCUCCAACACAUCUGAAUCAAGUGACUGCUUAAUUACCAGGCCUUCACAAGGGAAGUAAUUCAACGUUUUGCUUCAGCAGAGCACUUUGCUCCGCACCGGCUGCUCGGCGGCGCCGCGGCGGACAAUCAUGGACCACAGGCCCGUCCCGAGGAGACGGACCGGAGCCGUCCGACAUCUGCUGCAGCUGGCGUGCGUCGUCCUCGCCUGCAGCUCCCAGCUUCUGAUGGUGGAGGCGAAUUCGUGGUGGUCUCUAGGUCUGACCCCUAUCCAGCGGCCCGAGAUGUACAUCAUCGGCGCUCAGCCCCUCUGCAGUCAGCUUUCUGGCCUUUCACAGAGUCAGAGGAAGCUGUGCCAGCUGUACCAAGACCACAUGAGCUACAUCGGAGACGGAGCGAGGACGGGCAUCAAGGAGUGCCAGUACCAGUUCAAACAGAGGAGGUGGAACUGCAGCACUGUGGACAGCACGUCCGUGUUUGGACGGGUCAUGCACAUCGGCUCAAGGGAGACGGCAUUCACGUACGCCAUCAGCGCGGCCGGUGUCGUCAACGCCAUCAGUCGGGCGUGCCGCGACGGCGAGCUCUCCACGUGUGGCUGCAGCCGCGCCGCCCGGCCCCGCGACCUGCCGCGCGACUGGCUGUGGGGAGGCUGCGGCGACAACGUGCAUUACGGCUACCGAUUCGCCCGGGAAUUUGUCGAUGCCAAGGAGCGGGAGAAGAAUUACCCGCGCGGGUCCAGAGAGUACGCCCGAAUGCUCAUGAACCUGCACAACAACGAAGCGGGGAGACAGGCCGUCUACAACCAAGCGCAUGUCGCCUGCAAGUGUCACGGAGUCUCCGGGUCCUGCAGUCUGAAAACUUGUUGGCUUCAGCUGGCCGACUUCAGGCGAGUCGGAGAAUUUCUGAAAGAGAAAUACGACAGUGCUGCGGCCAUGCAGAUUGGACGCAAGGGGAAGCUGGAGCUGAAAGACAAGCGCUUCAACAACCCGACACCUGAGGACAUGGUCUACAUUGACACAAGCCCCGACUACUGUCUCCGGAACGAAACCACGGGCUCUCUGGGAACGCAUGGCCGCUACUGCAACAAAACCUCAGAGGGCAUGGACGGCUGCGAGCUGAUGUGCUGCGGCAGAGGGUACGACCAGUUCAAGACAUACAAGCACGAGCGCUGCCACUGCAAGUUCCACUGGUGCUGCUACGUCAAGUGCCGGCGCUGCACGACUCUCGUGGACCAGUUUAUGUGCAAAUAGCACAAAACGGCGGGUGAACUCUGACCCAAAGAAAUGGGAGAGGAAGGAGGAGGUUAUGAAGAAUGAUGAUAUCCAUUUUAAUAUAAAGAGCUGAUCAAUGGACUGAUAUAUAUAUAUAUAUAUAAAAAAGAUGUCCAAUAUUCUGAUCACGGUCCUGACGGAAGAACAAAACGGCACAAACGAGGAUGAAAGGGAAAAACAGACCAGGUUUCAAUCCCUUAAAGUGGGGACACAUUGAACUGUGUGAGCUGAAGAGAUGAAAAUAAAUAUAUAAUUAAGAAAGAAAGAAAUCUACAGCGUACACAUUUUAACUUAAAGAGACUUGUGUUUGUUUUAAAGUAUGAAGCAGCCUUGAUUCCUCUGAUUCCUGCUGCUUUUUUAAUGCAAGAGCACUGCUAACAUCACUGUAUGCACUCCCAUCCCACUGGCAGGAGCAAAGAAAACUACAACCAGCAGAAAGGGAACAAGUCAAGGUGACAAUGAACCCAAAGUGCCUUGUAGAAGUAUUCAUACCAGUUCAACUAUUUUUCACGUUUCAUCCAAAAACUGGAUUUUACGUGACAAACCAACAAAAAGUGGUCCAUAGAUAUGCAGUACAAGGAAAACAAUCCACAUUGAGACAUUUUUUUGCUGGAAUUAUAGUUAUAAAUAACAUUCUGCCCUGAACAAGUUUGAUGUUGUUGUUAGGAUUUUGCAAGCAUCUCUCCCUGUCCAGUAGACAACACUCUGCUAUUACUGAAAAUAAAGAGAUCAGGCUCACUUCUCUGAGCUUUACUGAGAGCUUUUCCGCACCAGAAAAUCUAUUUUUGCUAACUGCGUUAUAGUGUGGGACUCCAAGCAUGAUGAUUCCACCACCAUGUAGGGAUUAAAGCAAUCAUGUCCAGUUUUAGGGUCUGUCAGACUUUUUUUUUUACUAAAAUGCUUUCUGUCUUUCACUGGCCAAAUCACCUGCUUCCACAUAUUUGCUCUGCUCCCUUCAUGGCUUUUUGCAACGUGAAUUUCUUAAGGGACUUGCACACCGAAUGCAGCACCAGCUCCACCUCUGAAAUCCAUUCAUUUGUGCUUCAUGCUCCGUGCAACAAUGUUUCGUUUUUCGCUUCUUUCUUUUUUCCUGCGCCGAGCGAACGCCAAUGCACUGCAUCUCCUCCCUCAGCAUUGAAGUGCAAGCAGCUCGGCACGGCUUGCGUUGCACUCAGGUUAAAGUCGAUAUUUGUUGCACUUUGACUGCAGUUACACAGCGACAGAUCCUCGCUUGGUCAAUACAUACAAGAUAUCUGUCAAACGGCUCCACACUGAGUAGAAAGCAGCCUGUUAAUAUGGAAACCAAACUCCUUCACUUGGUCUCUAAAGGGUUACAUGUUUCUUUUUUAUCUUCUUCCCUGUUGUUGGUUUUGGCACAAAGGAAAUGUAAGAUUUGCAACUCAAACAUAAUAAUAAUAAUACUUUUUAUUGUGAAACUCUGCCUCUUGUUGUGUUGUACUUUGCUAUGGAUGAACAGAGCCCAGCACCAUCAGUGUUGCUUCCACUUUUCCAGGAUUCACUGCUGUGAAGCUCAAAGGAUGCUGUUUGUCUUUCUUCUCGUCACUCUUCCUUCAAGGCCAGAUUUAUUAGUUGACCUCUAAUCUCUAUUCUACCUGUCUGAUUAUGAUCAUGUCUUGAAAGGUUUGCAGUUCUUGUAUCUAUUUUUAGAUGAUGGAUUGAACAUCUUGGUGAGAAGUUCCAAGCUUGAGAUAUUGUUUCAUAACCUAACUCGGCUUGAACCUUCUCUACAAUCUUUUCCGUGACCUUUCUGCUUUAUUCCUUAUGUUUUCAGGAUGCCAUUUGUUCACUAAUGUCUCCAACAAAUCUCUAAGGCUUUCGAAGAUUUGUUGAGUUUGAACUGAGAUUCACCUAAGUGCAUAUGUACUUAGAAGAUCUCUCACGGUUCAGGGAAAGGAGGGCUGGUUACAUCUUUCGGUUUUUAAUCUGUAGCCAAAAUAGAAAGGUUCAUGUCGUUUUCCUUCCGCUUCAUAAUUACGUUCCACUUUGUAUUUAUGUAGCAAAUCCCAAUAAGAUACAUUGCAGUUUGUAGUUCUGAAGUGACAAAAUGUGAACAAGGAUAUUGAAUAUUUUUGCAAGGCACUGCAAAGAGAGGGACUCCAGAUACUUCACUCUUUUUUUUCUUUUUUUUUUGUAACAAACUUUAGGAGAAAAAGAAGAGCUCACAUAAAUCCAGUUCUAAAUGCCUGACCCUGCAGCAACAUCAGCAAAGUGCUAACAAUAAUUCUCAAAAGGACACGGCGCACUCCCCUUUGUGUCGGUGACCUGACAAAUGAUCCUGUGAUCGGGUUAAUGAGGCCUGCUGCUUGCAGCCAUCUUGACAUUGUUGCUGUUUAAGUGGGCAGCUUGCUGUCUAGCUCCAUAACCUUCACAUCAGGUGAAGAAAGCACCCAGUAGAGAGAUGAACAUGUUGGACUGGCCUUAAUGAAGACAUGCAAAGAGACGCGUUCGGUUCCAAGUGGACCUUUUUCAUCUGACGAUGUCAAACAAGAUGUCAAGUGUUGUGUCGACUUGGUGUUUUUGCCAGGACUGUGACACUUUGUGACACUUUGUGACACUUUGUGACUGUGAAUCAGAUAAUAGACGUGUUUGUGGACACAUGAGGACUGAAUAUGCUGUGGAAAAUAAAUGCAAGAAGAAACGGAAGAACUGGACUGCAAUUCCUUACAAGCAACGUUCAAGAACUUGGUGCAUAAGAAUCUAUAUUUUGUUGGUGUUUAUAAGCUUAUGAUGUUUUCUAUGUUUUAUACAUGCAUAUUACUGUGUAUUCUUUUGAUAAAGUAGACUUUGAAAGUGAAGCUUUCUGUCUGCUGCAGUUCUUCUCCUCUACAGCUAAACCUUUUUUUUUUCUUCUUUUUUUUUACCUGGUUGCAUUAUUUUGCAAUAGGGUAAAAAAUGUCAGAAAAUGCAGAGUUUGAGAAGGUCUGUACACACAACAGAGAAACAAAAAAGGAGAAUUUGUUACUUUAAUUUUCUGAACGUUGAAUCUUGAAUCUUCUCUCAUACAACCUUCCAUCCUAGUAUUUAUUUUUUUUUUUUUUACUAAAGAUGCAUAAAUUUGUUUUCUUCUUGGUGAUGUUUUUGUUCUGGUUUUGAUUAGUGAUCACUUGUCUAUUUAACAUACAACUAUUUUGGAUUUUUACCUAAAGUUUUACAUCAGAACUUGCUGAUUUUCCAGCUAAAUUUUCCCCAUAAUUUUUUCCUGCCUUUUCCGCUGAAGACUUUUGAUUCCAACAGAUGGCCAGGCAGACUGUCUGUCUGUCCCUACAAACUCCUUGUUUGUUCUCAAUCUCUGUCCCACAACAUUCAUUUUCCACAUUUAAAAAACUAAGCAUGAUUCCCAUAAAUACCAUCAAGAUGAUCUUAAGUUGUCUCUUAACAUUUGUUUGUCAGUGUUUUUCAAUGUUUAGCGCUGAAUGUCGAGGCUAAUCGGGUCAGAACAGUGACCUUACUAACAAUCCCAUUACUUGCAGCUGCUUGCAGGUAAUUGGAUUAGACAACUGACCAGAGCGGCACGAGUGACCUGCACCCCUGUGUAUGAGAAAUCCUCCUCACCGGACGGAGGACGGUGAAUGUCUGGGGUCAUCUGUUAUUGUAGACAAACUCUCAAUGCCUAUUGGAGCUGGAAACAUAAUAAUCAGUAAAAAAAAGUAACUGAUAAUCUACAAAGUGUGCCGUAUAUGUCGUUCAUGACAUGUGUGAGGCUCUAGCAAGAUUGGAUCAGUGAAAGUGUAACCUUCAGGCCCAUCUAAUCCUCCUGGCCUGACAGCCAUCUGUUUACAAAGUGCUGCCAGCUUGAAUUUGCACAAACGGAAAACAAAACACUCGGUGAGGAUUUCCACCCUCAUGUUGCUUUAUAUUAAAUGUUUUUUUUUUUGUAUUUUCUUAACUUUAGGGGUGAGGCUGUUUUUUGAAACCUGGUGGUUGCAGAGAAUCACAGAGUUUCUCUUUGGACUUCAGUUCCUCUCCAGCUUAGUCCCAUAAAGCCUCGACUCGAACCCAUCUUCAAGUUCACAGACUUCAGCUACAACCCAGAUUUUUUUUUUUUUUUUCGGUUGGUGGCUGCACCCCUCAGUCCUUCUGUCCUGCUCCAGCUGAGCUUCUUAUUGCUUUCAAA